AGGACAAGAUGACAAGCUAUACAGACAAAGGCGAAAAGCCUGAAUCAGGCAGAUUUGUCAGCUUCGAUCAUGUCACAUUCUGGGUUGGAAAUGCCAAGCAGGCGGCGUCCUACUACUGUGCAAGGCUCGGAUUUGAAUUACUUGCCUACAAAGGUCUGGAGACUGGUAGUCGUGAAAUGGCAGCACAUGUCGUCCGCCAGAACAAAAUCGUCUUUGUGUUUCAGUCCAUGUUACAGCCAAACAUACCAAAAGAGAUGGGCGAUCAUUUAGUAAAACAUGGAGAUAGUGCCAAGGACGUCGCCUUCGAGGUGGAAGAUUUAGACGCCAUAUUUAAGCGAGCUAUAGAGCGAGGUGCUAUUGUGGUCAAGGAACCAUGGGAAGAGACUGAUGAAGAUGGCACUGUGAAAUUAGCCAUGGUGAAAACCUAUGGGGACACGACACACACUUUUGUGGAUAGAUCUAAAUACAAGGGUGUCUUCCUCCCGGGAUAUCGCGCCACAACUUUCAAGGACCCGCUCAAUGACCUACUUCCAAAGACAAACUUGAAAUUCAUCGACCACAUUGUGGGAAACCAGCCAGAAGAUGACAUGGUAUCUGUGGCAGAAUGGUAUGAGAGAAACCUGAUGUUCCACAGAUUCUGGUCUGUGGAUGACAAACAGAUACACACAGAGUACUCAGCCUUACGAUCAAUCGUGGUUACUAACUAUGAGGAAACCAUCAAGAUGCCCAUCAACGAGCCAGCCACAGGAAGGAGGAAAAGUCAGAUUCAGGAAUACGUGGACUUCAACGGAGGAGCUGGAGUACAGCACAUAGCAAUGAACACAGACAACAUCAUAGAAACUGUAUCACGUAUGAAAGCUCGUGGUCAGGAAUUUCUCGAGAUUCCUAUGAAGUAUUAUGAUAACCUUAGAGAGAGGUUAAAGCACUCCAAUAUCAAGGUCACCGAAAACAUGGAUACUCUACAGAAGCUAAGGAUCUUGGUUGACUUCGAUGAGAAUGGCUACCUUCUACAGAUCUUCACAAGGAUGAUGCAGGACAGACCAACACUUUUCCUGGAGGUCAUUCAGCGACACAACAACAGUGGAUUUGGAGCUGGAAACUUCAAGUCGCUGUUUGAAGCUAUUGAACUGGAGCAAGCAGAAAGGGGCAAUCUGUGAAAGGAUAGUGAUAAUGUGAGCCAUGAUGAGGUUGUCAUGUCCUCACAAAAAAAUUCUUAUAUAUACAGUGGGAUGUGAUGUGAAAGUGAUGAUAGAUUGCUUAAAGGAAAGGAGACAUUGGUGGACACAGAACAUUGUGUGCAGCAUAUGAUAACAUAUCUUUGUACAAAAUCUCUUCCAUUCGCUUUCUUAUAUACACAUUCAUCAAUCAAAACAUUUUAAUGUAUUUGAAACCAGACUUGUAAGUUUAACUUACUAAAGUUUGGCUUGGGUGUUAAACACUAGACUUGUAAGUAAUGUACUUCAGGUUGCCUGUUAUGUUAGACACUAGACUUGUAAGUUUAACUUACUAAAGUUUGGCUUGGGUGUUAAACACUAGACUUGUAAGUUUAACUUACUAAAGUUUGGCUUGGGUGUUAAACACUAGACUUGUAAGUAAUGUACUUCAGGUUGCCUGUUAUGUUAGACACUAGACUUGUAAGUUUAAUGUACUUCAGGUUGCCUGUUAUGUUAAACACUAGACAUGUAAGUUUAAUGUACUUCAGGUUGCCUGUUAUUUUAAACACUAGACUUGUAAGUUUAAUGUACUUCAGGUUGCCUGUUAUUUUAAACACUAGACUUGUAAGUUUAAUGUACUUCAGGUUGCCUGUUAUUUUAAACACUAGACUUGUAAGUUUAAUGUACUUCAGGUUGCCUGUUAUGUUAAACACCAGACUUGUAAGUUUAAUGUACUUUAGGUUGGCUGUUAUGUCAGACACUAGACUUGUAAGUAAUGUACUUUCGGUUGCCUGUUAUGUUAGACACCAGACUUGUAAGUAAUGUACUUUAGGUUGGCUGUUAUGUCAGACACUAGACUUGUAAGUUUAAGUUGUGAAUGGUUAGCUGGGUUGUAAGUACUGAACUUGUAAGACUUUUAUGUUGAUAAAAUGACAGCUUAGAAUUUCAUAAGAUGAUUAAUAUGAUUUUUUCCUGUUGUCAAUUAAACAAAUUCUUUCAAGUGCAUCACAUUUGAAAAUAUAUAUCCUUACUUACAACCAAACAGAUGAUCACUAAUUUUAAUAUCUGUUAUAUUGGGUGAGUUCAGUGAAUACUGAGAAUUUAAAUGAAUAAAUUCCAACUUGAACCUUACAUACAAAAUGCAGAUAAUUUUUCAUUGUUAUAGUAUAGUAGAGAAUGCACUUUAUCAAUUUAAAAUUAUCUAGAUGUAUUGAUUAAAUAUACAUUAAUUAAUUUUUCUUUUGUGACAAACAUCAUGAUGCACAAGAUUUCCUGGCGAGUCUAAAGUAUCGUUCACACAUUUUUUCCCCCAUGAGAAUUUUGAAAAUUUGGCAGGUAUGGUAAGUUUAACUUAGGUACGCUUCCCUUGGACUUGAAUGAUGCUGUUCAAUUUUUUCAGUAUUUUAAUUUUUUUUUUGGGGGGGGGAGUUAGAACUUGAUCAUGCUUUACCAAUUUUCCUUUCAAUCAGAUAUAUACCAGUCCAGUAUUAGAGUGAUAAUCUUGUUUGUGAUUUACAAUCAUCUGUGUUUGUUUUAGGUAUAUAUUGUUGUCUGGCAGGUGACCUCAGACCUUUUUACAAUCGAUAAGGAAAUCAUACCCUGGUCACCACAGUUGAGUGGUUCAUCCACUUCACUACUGGACCAUCAAGUAGAACAUAUGUUCUUCUAUGUCAUGUUUUACAGUGGUGAAGUAGUCUUAUGAUGAAACUAAGGUAACACAGGCAAGACCCACUUCAUUGAUGUUUCAAUCAGCACAAACUGAUGAAGCAGGAAACAGGAUGCAGGACUAACUUAACAUGGCUAGUCUGCUGAAAGGUCAAGGGUCGUUAUACUGAAUGUUAAUUCCAAUAAAUAAGUUUAAAAUUGGAAAAUGUAAUUUCACUACUCAGUGAAACAUUCACAGUUCAAGUCAGAAUAGUAUUCGUUGAUUUUAUCAUAUACAUAUGUACUAAACUCUUCAGCAUUAUAAUCAGACAUUAAUGUGUGGUGUUGGUGUAUUAGUCAGAGAAAUGACAGUCUGUUCAUAAUUUUUAAUGUCAUGGUUGUGUCUGUUAUUGUUGUCACGUGACCUAAGCUGUUGAGGAGAAUUAAGACCUCACAUAAUCAGAAAAUAAUUAUAAUGAUAAGUAUACAGAUAGCCUUAUGAACAUGUAUUAGAACCAUGAAUUCUGAUUAUUUACAACUCUGUAAAAUUUCACAACUUAAAGAGUGUAGCAUUGUGUUGAUCUGUGUUAUGAUUGGUUUUAGUAUACUUCCCAUGUACCCAGCUAUUAAGUGACUGUAAUUUACCAAUCAACACUCUUUUAUGUGGGAUCUUUUUCUUUUAAAUAGUUAUAUGAAAUGCAUCCCUCCAUUUUUUUUAUAAAGCUCACCUAGCCCUAAUGGCCAAGUUUACAACAAGGGUGGGACCCAAUAGGGAAAUUAUGUCAGAAAUUAAAUUAAUUAAUUUUAAUUAAUUUCUUUAUUAAAUAUCUGAAUAGCUUAAUGAGCCGGAUGAGCGAUGCAGACCCAUUGGACAUCUUGUUUUUUUUCUUUGUUUUUUAUUAAUAGCACUUUGUGGAAAGUUUAAAGAAAGUCACUAGAAUUAGGAAUCAUAUACAGGAAGGAAAACUGAUACAAAUAGAGCUAAUGGAUCUACUACUAAACAGUGUAACUGGUAAUACGUGAUGUGAUUAAUUAUGUAACCUAUACAAAGAUAUUUUUUUUAUUUGCAGUAUUUGUAAAUAUGGAUUAUCUAACAAACAUUUAAUGCUUUAUAUAUAAGAUUCUUUAAAAGUGUGUUCAAGAUUGGCAACCAAGAUCAGUUGUACCUUGUUUCCAAACUUAAGAGCAACGAUGAAUUUUCAGAAAGAGUUAACUCACAGAAACAAGAGUUUAGUAUUUGUCCAAAAGUGGGCUGAUUUCAAGGACAACAGAGAAUUUCCCUUUGACUGGUCUUUGGCAUUGAAAGAUACAUUUAUGAAGCCUACAUAACAUCAAAAUGCUGAUUCUGUGGUAUAAUGACAGAUUCAUAAAACACAAGGUGAGAAAUAUUUCUAUUUACAUCUAAUAUAUAUAAACUUUAUCUAUUUUACAACAAUUGUGAAACAAGCUUUCAGCUUAUAUCAGUCACUCUUGUUGGCCUGGAUGGAAGCACAUGGGAGGUGUUACUGUGGGAGGAAACUGGAGUACCCAGGGAAAACCCACAUAUAUUCGGGCUGGUCUUUCCAUACCUUUUUAUGUCCUUUUCAGGAUUUGAACCCCGGACGGUUAGGUGAAAGGCAAGUGUGCUACCACUGCACCACCUGACCAUCCAUAAACAUAACAUGUAGUAUUAAAGUACUGGAAACUUACAUACAUGUAACCUAGCUCUGAACUUUCCCAGCCCUGAGGCAGCUUGACAAAGAUUGUGUAUACUGUAAACCUGCAGCCCUGAGGCAGCUUGACAAAGAUUGUGUAUACUGUAAACCUGCAGCCCUGAGGCAGCUUGAUAAAGAUUAUGUAUACUGUAAACCUGCGGCCCUGAGGCAGCUUGACAAAGAUUGUGUAUACUGUAAACCUGCAGCCCUGAGGCAGCUUGACAAAGAUUAUGUAGAAUUCGGUUCGACCGUUCUCUACUUGUAUUGAGGAUGUAAAAUUUCUUUGGAUAUAGAAUGUUUACCAUAUUGGCAUGUACAGUCUUUAAACUAUGUUUAUUCUCUUGAACAAUAUUUGAAAUUAAAUAAUACCUAAAUUAUGUACAGUUAUAUGUAAUGUUGAACUAAAGGUGUGAAGAAAACGGUACUUCUAAUAAUCCAUGAAGAAUUCAAUCAUUUACAUUUUCUUUGAAAUAAGAAAAACAAAUAAAUAGUUUUACUGAUAUGAAGAGUGAAGAAACAGAGAAGUUUCAGUUCUUUGUUGGUUUGGUGUGUUGGUGAUGAUUCAGAAUUGUAAUAUUUGACUUUCUCCUCUUUAUAACCAGACAGGUGUUACUGUGAUCAGUUCCAUGAUAUGUAUUUAGAUGUUGGUAUGAUUUAUCCCUUUUUUUAUUUUAAAAAAAAAAAAAAAUUUUUUUUCUGUUUUCUUGUGUGAUUAUGGCUUUGUUUGAUGUACUAACUGUUAUCUGGACCAAAAGAAUAAAAUGUGAAUGUUUAAACAUAGGGAAGUGUUCUGUGCAAGCAUGUCUUUUGAUGUUAGUUUUGGAAGACUGACUAUCCAUCAAACAAGUUUUUGAUUCAGUCAAGUUACAACAAAAAAAUGGGAAAAAAGUAGCCUGAAAUCUUAGGUUAAUUGUAAGGAAUCACAGGAAAAAAGUAGCCCGAAAUCUUAGGUUAAUUGUAAGGAAUCACAGGAAAAAAGUAGCCCGAAAUCUUAGGUUAAUUGUAAGGAAUCACAGGAAAAAAGUAGCCUGAAAUCUUAGGUUAAUUGUAAGGAAUCACAGGAAAAAAGUAGCCUGAAAUCUUAGAUUAAUUGUAAGGAAUCACAGGAAAAAAGUAGCCCGAAAUCUUAGGUUAAUUGUAAGGAAUCACAGGAAAAAAGUAGCCCGAAAUCUUAGGUUAAUUGUAAGGAAUCACAGGAAAAAAGUAGCCCGAAAUCUUAGGUUAAUUGUAAGGAAUCACAGGAAAAAAGUAGCCCGAAAUCUUAGGUUAAUUGUAAGGAAUCACAGGAAAAAAGAUUUUGUUCAGGAAAUGUGUUAAUGGCUUCUCUGGGAUCAAGAAAAUAAGGAAGAUGAAAUUAGUUAGAGAUGUAACUAUAAAAUGAAUAGUUUAUUUACAAACAUCAGCACAAUGUUCCAUAUUGUCACAUCACUACCCUUUAAGGCUAACACUCCAUGCUCAUAGAAAUGAUCUCGUUUGUGGUGUUCUAUCAGUUCAUUUCCAUCGUAGUUUUGAUCCAUGCCAUAAAAUGGCUGUUGAUUUAUUUCUCGUCUGUCCCUCUGUCCAUCACACAUUGGUUUACUUUUGGGCCUAAUUCCUUGUCAUUACAUUUUCUUUGGUGCUUAUUUGUUUUUUAGUGGAAUUUCCUCUUGUAUCUGUCAUUAAUGGGAUAAAAAUUGUUGAUUCAAUUUUCUGAUAUGUUUUCUGCUAAAUAUCUUGUUUUGACGAAAAUUGGAAAGCUGGAAUUUGACUUUGCUGGAUUUCUUGUAAACAGAAGGUAUUUCAUCAAAUGGGAGCAGGGAUAUUUCCAGUUUAAGUGAUGCGGGAUGUUUCCAGAUAUAGUGAUUUGGGAUAUUUCUGGUGAAAAUGAUGUGGGAUAUAUUCUGUGAAAGUGGUGUGGAAUGUUUACAGUGAAAGUGGUGUGGGAUAUUUACAGUGAAAAUGGUGUGGGAUAUUUACUGUGAAACGGGGAUGGGAUAUUUACAUUGAAACAGGAGUGGGAUACUUAAAGUAAAACAGGAGUGGGAUAUUUACAGUGAAAGUGGUGUGGGAUAUUUACAUUGGAACAGGAGUGGGAUAUUUACAGUGAAAGUGGUGUGGGAUAUUUACAGUGAAACGGAGUGGGAUAUUAACAGUGAAAGUGAUGUGGGAUUUAACAGUGAAAGUGGUGUGGGAUAUUUACAGUGAAACAGGGUUGGGAUUUUUACAGUUAAACUGAUGGGAUAUUUUUCUGGUGAGACAGGGGCGAGUGUAUUUGUUUGUAUAUAUAUUAGUUCACAUUACAAAAACUGCUCAUUUGACGAAUCUCAGUUAUAUCUGUAGUUUAGUUUUCUGUUGUUUGAGAUUUUUAAAAUUCUAUUAGAAGUAUUCCCUGAAGUAUUGACUAUAUAGCACAGACAGCUAAAGCAUGUAAAUUACUCUCACGCAUUUAUGAUCUCUGUAAUAGUCUGCAUAGCAACAGACACGAAUAUGUCAGUACUUUACUGAUAUACAAAACCUGACAGAAAUGCUGUGUGUAGGGAAUUUGUUUAUAAAUUUUGAAGCUGAAAGUAUGGUAACAAGGUACUGGUGACUACAGAUGGAAACAGGUGUGUCAUCCCUUACAUUAGUACUGAGAAGUAUGUAACAUUCAUUGAUUAUAUGACUGGAUGAGACAGUUGUGAGCAAAAGUAUCAUUUUAUUUCAUGAAUAUGAUUAUUUGUAAAAUUAACUUCUUGUGUGAAAUAAACCUAGAGUUUCUUCUUAACAA